AAAGUGUAGUCUGGCAGAAAACAAGAGUGGAAAAUGACGAGCAGGAACGUAGAGAAGUUGACAUCAAUAGAUGCGCAGCUGAGGCUGUUGGCGCCUGCUAAAGUCUCGGAAGAUGACAAGUUGGUGGAGUACGAUGCUUUGCUAUUGGAUCGUUUCCUCGAAAUUCUUCAAGAUUUGCAUGGAGGGGAGAUAAGAGAAACGGUUCAAGAAUGCUAUGAGCUUUCGGCCGAGUACGAAGGAAAGCAUGACCCCAAAAUAUUGGAUGAUCUUGGGAAAGUCAUAACAAGUUUGGACCCAGGGGAUUCAAUUGUUGUAGCGAAAUCGUUCUCCCACAUGCUUAACUUGGCGAAUCUGGCAGAGGAGGUUCAGAUCGCGCAUCGGAGGAGGAUCAAGUUGAAGAAGGGUGACUUUGCCGAUGAAAGUUCGGCAACGACAGAGUCCGACAUCGAAGAGACGUUGAAGAGGCUUGUGGGACAAUUGAACAAGUCCCCUCAAGAAGUUUUUGAUGCUCUCAAGAAUCAGACUGUGGAUUUGGUCUUCACCGCCCAUCCUACUCAGUCAGUUCGAAGAUCUUUACUUCAGAAGCACGGAAGGAUCCGUAAUUGUUUAACACAGUUGUAUGCUAAAGACAUUACGCCGGACGAUAAGCAGGAACUGAAUGAGGCGCUACAAAGGGAGAUUCAAGCUGCCUUCCGAACAGAUGAGAUCCGAAGAAAUCCUCCCACCCCACAGGAUGAGAUGAGAGCAGGAAUGAGCUACUUCCAUGAAACCAUCUGGAAAGGUGUACCACAGUUUUUGCGUCGUAUCGACACAGCUUUGAAGAACAUAGGGAUACACGAACGUGUUCCCUACAAUUGUCCCCUUAUUCAAUUCUCUUCAUGGAUGGGAGGGGAUCGUGACGGGAAUCCCAGGGUAACUCCUGAAGUUACAAGAGAUGUAUGCUUGUUGGCUAGAAUGAUGGCUGCUAACUUGUACUUCUCCCAAAUAGAGGAUCUUAUGUUCGAGUUGUCAAUGUGGCGAUGCACGGACGAACUCCGUGCUCGUGCAGAUGAACUUUUUAGGACUUCAAAAAAAGAUGCAAAGCAUUACAUAGAAUUUUGGAAACAGAUUCCUCCGAAUGAACCCUAUCGUGUUAUUCUUGGUGACUUGAGGGACAAGCUAUAUAACACACGUGAACGUGCUCGUAGCCUACUGGCCGAUGGGUGGUCAGAAAUUCCUGAAGAAGCAACUUUCACCAAUGUGGAGCAGUUUCUGGAGCCUCUUGAGCUCUGCUACCGAUCACUCUGCGCUUGUGGCGAUCGACCAAUAGCAGAUGGAAGCCUUCUUGAUUUCUUAAGGCAACUUUCUACCUUUGGGCUUUCAUUUGUAAGACUUGAUAUCCGGCAAGAAUCUGACAGGCAUACUGAUGUCCUCGACGCCAUCACCAAGCACCUAGAUAUCGGAUCAUAUAAAGAAUGGACUGAGGAACGCAGACAGGAGUGGCUCUUAUCUGAACUCAGAGGCAAGCGCCCACUAUUCGGCCCUGAUCUUCCCAAAACAGAAGAAGUCGCUGAAGUGUUGAACACAUUCCAUGUCAUUUCAGAACUGCCACCGGACAACUUUGGUGCCUACAUAAUCUCAAUGGCAACGACCCCAUCUGAUGUGCUUUCUGUCAAACUUUUACAACGUGAAUGCCAUGUGAAGCACCCAUUACGGGUGGUUCCGCUGUUCGAAAAACUGGAUGAUCUCGAUGCUGCUCCGGCCGCCAUGGCUCGUCUCUUCUCUAUAGAUUGGUACAAAGAUCACAUCAAUGGAAAACAAGAAGUAAUGUUAGGUUACUCGGAUUCUGGAAAGGAUGCCGGCCGUCUCUCUGCAGCUUGGAAGCUAUACAAGGCUCAAGAGGAACUCGUAAAGGUGGCAAAGCAGUAUGGGGUUAAGCUGACAAUGUUCCAUGGCCGAGGAGGGACAGUUGGACGAGGAGGAGGACCCACCCAUCUUGCUAUACUGUCUCAACCGCCCGACACAAUUAACGGAUCAUUUCGUGUAACGGUUCAAGGUGAAGUUAUUGAGCAAUCAUUUGGAGAGGAGCACUUGUGCUUCAGAACACUUCAGCGUUUUACCGCUGCUACACUUGAACACGGAAUGCAUCCCCCUGUGUCACCAAGACCAGAAUGGCGUGCACUCAUGGAUGAAAUGGCAACCGUUGCAACAAAAGAAUACCGUUCUGUAAUCUUCCAGGAGCAUCAGUUCGUUGAAUACUUUCGCCUGGUGACACCAGAAUUGGAGUAUGGUCGGAUGAAUAUUGGCAGUCGCCCAUCAAAACGAAAGCCAAGCGGAGGCAUCGAAUCACUCCGUGCAAUCCCAUGGAUCUUUGCAUGGACUCAAACGAGAUUCCAUUUGCCUGUGUGGCUUGGCUUUGGGGCUGCUUUUAAACAUGUCCUUGACAAGGAUAAAAAGAAUCUCCAAAUUCUUCAAGACAUGUACAACCAAUGGCCUUUCUUUAGAGUCACAAUGGACUUAAUCGAAAUGGUGUUUUCCAAGGGAGACCCUGGGAUCGCUGCCUUAUACGACAAGCUGCUAGUAUCACAGGAUCUCUGGUCCUUCGGGCAGAAAUUGAGAACAAACUAUGAAGAGACUAGAAUUCUUAUUCUCCAGGCUGCUGGACACAGAGAUCUUCUUGAAGGAGAUCCGUACCUGAAGCAGAGACUCCGUCUUCGCGAUGCUUACAUCACAACGCUUAAUGUGUGCCAAGCAUACACAUUGAAGAGGAUCCGAGACCCGGAUUAUCACUGCAAGGUGAGGCCUCACUUAUCCAAGGAGACACCAAGCAAGCUCGCUGCGGAACUUGUGAAUCUUAAUCCGAAAAGCGAGUAUGCUCCUGGUCUUGAAGACACCCUUAUUUUGACCAUGAAGGGUAUCGCUGCUGGCAUGCAGAACACUGGUUGAAAAUCCACUGUUGUUUUCUUGUCUUCUCAUGCAUGCUUUUCCCUAUUGAUUGUCUGAAAUGUAUUGCCUUUCAAGGGCUGAAUUUUUGCAUUCAAUAAAUCCUUUAUUAUUAUU